UGACAAGCCGGUGUAUACUUCUAAAUCGAAUACGAACAGUUCAGUUGUAAUUUUUUUCGUAUUUCUAAAAUUCAAAAUUAUUUUCUUAAAACAUUCCUCAAACCUUUUGCAAAACUAAACAAAAUUUGCCAAAAUUGCCAAUGACAAGUGAAAAUUCAACAAAUCAAUACCAAUGGCAUCCAGAAAAUAUCAUAAAUGGCUCUCAACUAACCAAAGGUUAUGUUUGUCUUGUGAUUAAUCGUAAGGUCACAAUACCUAAACAAAUUGCUGUGAAUCUUUGGGAAAAUGCUGAAUAUCGUUGCACUGUAGACGGAGGCACAAAUCGGUGGAGGGACUUUCUAUUGACGCACGAAAUAGGCAAUCAAUUAAGGCUACCCGACUUCAUAACAGGCGAUUUUGAUUCAAUCACCGAAGAAACGUCGAACUAUUUCAACAACUCUUCUAUACAACGAAUACACACACCCGAUCAGAACUAUACAGAUUUCACAAAAGCAAUACAUUUCCUGGAGCCUUUAAUGCAAACCAAAGGCAUAAAUGACAUAAUUGUAUUCCAUGAUACGUCAGGUCGUCUAGAUCAUAUCAUGGCAAAUAUACAAACCCUAUUCAAAGCGAAAUCAUCUCUAAACGUGUACUUACUUGGAGGCAGUUCCAUGACAUGGCUCUUGAGGAAGGGCCAACACACAAUACACAUACCAAAGGAGCUAGUCGAAAAUAAACGAUGGUGUGCAUUGCUUCCAGUUGGUGGCAGGGCAAUAGUUACUUCAACCGGACUCAAAUGGAACUUAAAUCUCUCGGUGUUAGAAUUUGGUGAUGGAAUUGUCAGCUCAUCGAACACUUAUUCAUGUGAUACUGUCCACAUAGAAAAUACAAAUAGCAUUCUUUGGUCAAUGGGUGUGUUUAAUUUCCGUGACGAUUAGUAAAAAUAAUUUUUUUAAACUAUUGUUUUUUUGUUUUGUAAAUUUAGUAAACAAAUUUUUUGGAGAAAACCUUGAAAA